AGGUUUAGUUUUAGGUCUCUAAACUAAACAGUGGUUUGAGUUAUAGUAGGAGUUUCUGAUCGUGAGAAGCGAGGAGAGGAAAAUGACGGGAACUGAUAAAGAGAAGGUGUCAUCGGAGGUUCUGGGAAAAGUUGUACUGGUGCUAGCAGGAGAGUGGAAGUGUUCGGAGUAUGGUUGCUGGGACUUUGCUGCUGAGAAAAACUGUUUAUCGCAGUGCAUAAUGAUAGAAGAGGAGAUGUCGUAUGCUCUGCUGAAAAGACAUAUUGAGAAGGAAUUUGAAGUGAAUGGGGCUUCUAACUGUGUAAGUGUUGCUGAGAAGUCGGGGUGCAAUGACAGAGGUGAAGGAGUUGGAGAAGGUCGAACGCUCUCGGUUGAUAGCGAUGAUACAAUGCCAACAACACAAGAUGUUGCGCUGCUAAUUGGUAUGGGGGUAACUGAUGAUGUCAGGGGCGAGAAUAGACUCACUCCAAUUGAUGAUGACGCGGCACAUGGUGACAAUGGCCUACCGGUACCAAUAGCAGAAUAUAGUGGGCAGAGAGAAGGUCUGGGAAGAAUUGUAGACGUUUCAGGUUAUAUGAAUGGCGAGAUAGACGUGGGUGUGAUACGUCUUGAUGAUGGGACGCCGUCGCUUAAUAGUUCUCAUGAGUAUGGAUCAGUAGAGCGCGGUGAGGACAGAGUUGAAGAACUGGUAAAAGGCGGUGAGAUGUCUGGAAUUGACCUGAAUAGCAUUUAUAAUGCAGAGGUUGUUGCACAGCUCGAAGUUGUCGAAAACAUGGCUAGAGAGGCGCAGGGGUUACAGAAUAAAGAUAAAGGAAAAGGGAAGGGGAUAUCGAAUGCUGAUUCGUUAGCUUAUGGAGGGACAAGUGAGGCAUCAAACGCUGGGGUUAGGCAGUGCGAAGGAGAAACAGAGGCUGCUGGUGUGGUACAUCUUGGUGCUCUUUCACCAUGUAUUGAAGAAGAUUCCAGUGGAGGUGAACUAGAGGCAGAGGGGAUGAGAGACACUGAAGGGAGUGAUGUAGACAGUGAAUUUGCUGAGGGUAUUCAGCUUAGCUUUGCCAAUAUAUACAAUGAUAUCAUCGAAGCUGAUGUGGUGCCUUCCCAUGAUUGUCCGCCUUGCUUUGGAGAAGAGUUAGUUCAGACACAAGAAAUGCAUAACCGGAUAAGAUCUGAUAGGAAUAGGUUGAUAGUCAGAUGUGUGGAUAUGAACUGUGCGUGGAGGGUGUAUGGUCACACCAUGGGGUGGAAUUCAGAAACUAUGGAAGUGAGGACUGCAAUACUGACUCACACAUGUGAUGUUACUACUAGAGCAGAGUAUGGGAAGAAGGUGACUUGUAAGGUGAUUGCAGAGGUGCUGAAAUCCAAAUUUGCAAAUGAGAAACUAGGACCUCGCGCUGUCGACAUACCUGACCUUGUAUUGGAGGAACUUAGUGUAUCUAUUACCUACAUGAAGGCGUGGCAUGCUAAGGAGAAGGCGGAGAUAGAAGCAAGGGGAAGCGCUGCUGGUAGUUACAAGCUACGGGCUAAGGCUAGUAAACAUACAAGUGAAGUGACACCUGAAGUGGAAGACCUGCUUAUGCAGAGGCUUUCAAAGUCGGGAAAUCUGAAGGUGGCGGCUGCAAGUGCAACCAUUUUCCAAGUAAGCACUGUUAGUGGAAGGUCAUUCACAGUUGACUUGCAAGGAAGGUCAUGUUCUUGCAAAGUGUUUGAGACCCAGGGUAUACCAUGUUGCCACGCUUUGGCAGCUUCUAGAGCAGGUGGAGUAUCAAUAACUGAUAUGGUGGAUGAAUAUUACAAGGUUGACUGCUGGAGGAGUGCUUACAGCGCAGUUGUUAUGCCAGUGCCAGAUGCGGAGGAUAUGGAUGUACCAGAAGAGGUUCUUAACUCUAGCCUACUAACCCUCCUUAGAGUAGUCAGCCAGCAGAAGGCCAAGGAAGAGGAGGAUACCUUCUCGUGGAGAGGAAAAAGCAAGAGGAGCAGAGUCGGACCUAACAGGUGUUCUAGGUGUUUGAAUGCAGGCCAUAACCGGGCGACCUGUAAGGAGGCAAUUCCAUAAAGGUUUGUAUUGUUGUUGUGUUGAAUCUUAUAUGUACUGAAAUAACCUCGUUGUUGAUAAAAGUGGAUGGACGUUUACUUUUCUUUAGGUAGAGAAGGAAAUGUGGCGAGGGGUGUGGGUUUUUUUGGUGUACAUAUGUACGGUUAAGGAUCAAGUGUCAUCGAAACAGUUUUUUUUGGAUGGAAAGGUCUUGUGGAAGAGCGGUUUGUGUUGGUUGGUGUGAACAGGAUUGCGUAGCUCAUUCAGAGGAUAUGAGUGUGUAAAUAAGGAGUAAAAUCAAGUUUCAUCG